AUGAAGUUCUUCGCAGCGUUGUUGGUACCUCUUCUCUACUCUAUAUCUGCGCAUGCCGACACUUUUGCCGACGACGCCUUUACUGCCAUCAAACUUCUGCAAGAAAAAUGGUACAACUACGAUACUGGCUUAUGGAACGACUUAUGGUGGCAGUCCGGCAACAUUAUUGAGGCCAUCGCUCGAUUUGGUAUCCAAGAUGCUGCCUUCAAAGAGUACGCCCUCAUGAUCGUCUCCAACACAUUCGCCAAAUCCCCAAACCAGCAUGGCGCAACGCAAUGGAGAAACAAGUUCUACGACGACGAAGGCUGGUGGGCAAUGGGCUGGAUUGCCUCCUACGAUCUUACGGGCGACGUCAAGUACCUCAAUGCCGCCAAAGACAUCUUCGAAGACAUGACCACAGGGUGGAACACGCCCUGCAACGGCGGUCUCUGGUGGUCGAAAGACCGUGACUAUGUUGCCGCCAUCUCCAAUGAGCUCUUUUUCUCCGUUGCUGCCCACAUCGCCAACCGUGUCGACGGCCAACAAAAAGAAGACUACACUAACUGGGCUUCAAUGGAAUGGGACUGGUUCAAGCAAUCUGGCAUGAUCAACAGCGACGAAUUAAUCAACGAUGGCAUCGACCCCACGACUUGCAAACCCAAGGGAACAACCUUCACAUACAACCAAGGUAUCGUCCUAGCCGGCCUCUCUGAACUUGCCCGCGCGAAAAACAACGGCGACUACAUUGAAGAAGCGUACAAGCUCGCUGUGGCCUCGACGACCAAACUCAGCGAUGGAAGCGGUAUUCUCACUGAACCUGUUGGAGGACCUCUCGACCCCGUUAGCUCGCAAUUCAAAGGCGCGUAUGUGCGGGGAUUAUCGACGCUUUAUGAGAAUGCGCCGCAGCAGGGGGUUAAAGAGUUCUUCUACAGGAACGCGAAUGCCGCGAGGAGUCAGCCGAGGGUUGAUGGUGGUGUAAUUGUGGAUUUGUGGCAGGGGCCCAGUAAGAAUGGGAAUCCCAGUACGCAUGCGAGUGGGAUUGAUAUCAUGGUUGCGGCUGCAUUGGCUGGUGACCCGUAG